AUGUCGAAUUCACCACAAAAACGAUGCAUUCUUGCAAUCGGAGAGACGGGCCUUGGAAAAAGUUUUACUGCAACUGUUUUUGGCGCAAAAGGUGUAAAAGUCGGUCAUUCGACUGAGUCCGAAACCGAUAAAGUUACGUUUUAUGAUAUCGGAAACGGGAGUUUCUACGUCGAUACACCUGGGUUUAAUGAUAGUGACGAAGAAAAAUCCGACGAUGAAACCGUGCGCUUGAUUUUGCGUGAGAUGCAGGAUAGAAAAAUAUCCAAGAUAACGACCAUUUUGUGGUUUGUUAGGACAGACGGGUGUAGAGCAACUACCUCCCUUAAAAGUCAAGCGAGAACUAUAGAAGCUUUUGCGCGAGACCAUAAUGGCAAUGUAUGGGACAAUACUAUCAUUGUUACCAAAGGCGACGAACGUGGAGAGGGUCCUCGAGCUGCUGCCGAAGAAAUAGCUAAAAAGAUUCAUGAACAAAAACCUCACCACCGUGAAUUAAACGCAAAAAAGAGUUUUCUUGAGAAUACUGGAUAUUUUGAAAUCCGUCUAUUCGAAAGCCUCAGCGAACGCAAAAAAGACAUUUAUGCUACUUUUCCGAUUGAAACCUUAGACAAGCUUAAUAUUUUCAAAAGAUCUGAACCGGAACGAAUUCUUGCAAAGUACAGGUUGUUAAUGGAAGGACAUACCAACCAUCCGAUUGUUCUCGAGUUUAAAAAAGUUAAAUGCUUAAAUUGUUCCGAAGAAACCGAUCCAAGGCUAGCAAGUCCAAAAUGCCAUUUGAAAAUAAUAAAAAUUCACAAACCAUGGAAGAAUUAUCACAGCAAAGAAAUUGGACAGUUUCACUCGACUGAACUGGUCAAAGAGUGGGAUCAUAGCAUUGGGGCUUGGACUGUUCGUGUUAUAACUAUUGGGAUAGUAAAUCCACAGACUUAUGAAUAUGAAUGUUGCGGCAGAAAGACUCCUCAUGACUGCGGUAACAAUAAAUGCGAACCUGAUAAUUGCAAAAUUACUCCUGGUUGUAUAUCAGUGUGUGAGAGAUGCAAGAAAAUUCCGGGUACAAAUGAAGGGUGUAGUACCGAAGGGAAGCACAAUUGGGGUAGU